UGGGUAUCAUUUUACUUUUUGGGACACAAGGAGCUCAUAAAAACUCAUGUUAUCGCAAACUAGGGAAAAGAUAUUAACUUUUACAUAGGUUCUUGAUAGCAUGAUGCUUCUGUUGAAAGGAGAUAGUGGUGGAAAUCAAGAACAAUAGGAGGGAACACUAUGGACUGAGUACAUAAAUGCUACAUAUAUUGUGUGAAGGGUCCAUCCUAUUUCUAAGGUCUGGCAGCAUUAGGGCUUUAUCGUAACUGUAGUUGCUGAUGGAGAAAAUCCAGAUUGAGUAAUGGAGAAAUUCCCAAUUGAGCAAUUAGCUCAUCGCUAAUGGAGAUCUAAAUACAGCUUGAAUGCAAAAACAAGGGCUGAUUGGAUGAUCAAAUCCCAUAUUAUUUAAUUCUCAGCAAAUCUCUGAAGGGAGGGCCCUUCAAGUAUGAUGUUAGAACAAUAUAAUGAUGCAGAAACUAAGGGUGCUAUGAAGGAUGCUCUUGACAGGGGUGUACACAAUUUUCAACCACGGAUGUCAGGAAUCUUUAGCUAGUUACAUCAAAAGGAAAUAUGCACAAAUCUUUACCAGUAGGUGGCACAUCAGCCAAGAUUUAAAGCUACUCUUCCAUUCAAUAACUGACUACGGAGUAUAUCUUAAGUUAACAAACAAUACGAUUAGUUCCAAGAAUCUCAUCAAGCUUGCAAAAAGAUGGCAGAAAUUUGCUGCAAUCAGAAGAAAGAGGAUUUUGUUUCCAAAAUUAACCGAUGAUGACAUAGAUUACUGCAGUAGUUCCUUUGCAUUUAGCAAGGGUCAUUUUUCCCUCUACACGGCUGAUCAGAAGCUGUUUAUGGUGCCUCUCUCUUAUCUCGGGAAUGAGAUUAUUAAGCAACUCCCAAACAUGUCUGAAGAACCCGAGUGAUGGGCCCUUUAAACUACCAUGUGACUGUGUCUUCAUGGACUACAUUUGUCUCACUUCUUAGCAAAGGCUUAACCAGAGAACUUGAAACUGCAUUGCUCCUCUCAGUUACUUCAUAUUGGUGUUCCUCAGAUUCACUACACCAACAAGAAGAAUGGAGAAAUCAGCAUUUCCUUGUUUGCUGACAAUUUACAGUAGUCAGUUAGUCAUUGUAGCUCAAUACAUUUUGUAAAAUUUACAGAAAGUCAGCCAUUUUAGAAAAAUAUAAUUUGUUCAAUCUUUCACGUUCCCGGUACUUCUUUUUUAACCGAUUCACGUGAUAUUCGAAAUUGAGCAAAAAAACAUUUACAAAUAUAAUCCCCCCCACCCUGAAUAACAAUAUAACUUACAUUCAUUUCUAGAAUCUUCAUGAACCCAAACUUAUUUGAUUAGAAGAGAGAACCUGAUCUGAAACAUGGCCUGGCUAUAUGGAAUUACGAACAGUUCACACAUCUGAGAGGGCUGUAACCCAACUGCAAGAUUGCAUACACUCUUUCAUUAGUAAGCCCCAUAUACUAAGCAUUGAAAAGUUCUGAAACCACGAAUCU